AUGCGAUUUUCUGCGUUGGUGUUGUCCAUCUUUCUUGGCGCUGUUUCAGCGGGUCCUUGCCGACCUUCUAGCGUCGAGAACAGUUCUGAAACCACUGGACUUAUUGGUGUGACGACGAUCGAAUCGCUCUCCUCAACUUUCGCAGCGACUGUGUCAACUAAGCCAGGUGGCGCGACAACGGCUGCUAUCACAUCUAUCGUCGAGACUACGACAGAAUCAAGCGCGGUUGCUGCUACCACUACUGCUGCUGCUAGCAUAUGCAAUGCACCAGCCGCCCUGACAUGCUGCCAAACUGUUGGAACCGCAACUAAUCCCGUCAUCAGCCUUCUUCUGGGGUUGCUUGGCUCAUCUAUUACUGAUCCCGCGACUUGUCAAGCUACUGCAGUUUGCUGUAAUGAUAAUAGCCAUGGUGGCCUUAUUGCUAUUAGUUGUUCGCGAGUUUAG